AUGCUUCACCAGGUCGUCAUCGACGUCCCGUUGCCCACAUUUUAUUUCGCCAUUCUGACCGUCCGUGAACUGUCGCAUUAUCAACCAACACUGGUCGAUAUGGGCAAAGUCGAUCAGAGUCUUGCCAGCGGACUUUCAAAGCUCCUCGAAUGGGACGAGUCAAUUGAUGGACCCAUCCACGAAACUUUGGGCUGGAACUUGGACGACGAGGUCAAAGGCACCCAAAUGGUCGUUGACGUGUCCAAUCGAGAAGAAUUCGUAAGCGCAUUCAUCAGAAAACGUCUCAUCGAAGAGCCAUUUAGCGCGCUGCAAUCUUUCCAUGGUGGUUUCCGGGCGGUACUUGUGGGUGCCAACGAUAUAUUGCGAUGCUUCGAGCUCUUCAAUGCCAACGAACUCGUUCAGCUCAUACGUGGUGAAGAGUUGCCGCUGGACGUAACCACAUUGCGUCGCCAUUGUCGUGUUGAAAACGAUGGCGACCCCGACACUGUGCCACUGCUGCUCGAAUGGUUCUGGCACUACAUUUCCUCACUCGAUGGACCGACGUCCGUCCUUGGCUUCUAUCGCUUCAUUACAGCCAAUCACCGCACCUCAAUUCUCGCCAAGGACGAGGAAGCAUUUCACUUCACCAUCUUUGUCCUCGAUGAACGGGAUUCGAUUGUGGGAGGAGGGCCCCAAGAUCUUCCUCGGUCAUCAACAUGCACAAACACCCUCUUCUUACCACGUUAUACUUCAGAAGCUGUCUUGUUUGAAAAGUUCGACCUUGCACUCACUGAGGGUAACAACUCCUUCAAUUUGGCGUGA